CUUAAUAAAAAAUAACGAAUCGGGCUUAAAUACAAAUAACCUCAGAAGCUCCACGUGUCCAAUCCUAGUACUGAUAAUGGUAGGCGAGAAGGUGAUCCUUACCCUGCAGGCAUCCUAUUGGACCACGCGUUCGGAUUUCGCGAAAUCGCCUGCCCAAAUUUUUUCCCCGAGGGUUUCGGGCAUCGCGCGCAAUAACCACAUACGUGGCUACUUUCCGUGCCAAACACUAGACAAACUGCGUCCUUUCAUUGGCCCGCCCUCCCGGCAUUCCAGCCCCGACGCUCUCUUUUCUUAUACCCUACACGUGUCUCCGUAGCAGUUCCAAUUUCACACGGAUCUCACCGACACCUGCCUAUUACGCCAGUCACCAUCUUUUUUUGUUUUUUUUGUUUUUACUAUUUCUUGUUGUCCCAGCAGAUUUCCAUCCGGUUCCUUUGUUUCUCUUUCUUAUCUUGGGAUGGACAUGAUGGAGAGAACGGCCAACGACGACGCGGCAUGGAAACUGAGUACGAUAAUGUUGAGGUACCGCCCGAUCGUCCCGAAGCCGUUCCCUGCGGGCUCAGCACCAGGCAUAGCCUUGGAGCCCACACUAGUCGGAAAGAGAGUAAAGAAGGGGGAAGGAACGCGAAGAAAGGGCGGCUCCUUUGUUGGAAAGCGGGGAAGAAAGCCGAGAAAAGUGCAGGAUAUGACCACAAGGGAUGCAGCUGGUUCUAGCGGCAUGGCGCAGGUUCUGACGCUACAACUGAUGUCAGUUACGCCGGAGAGGAAAGAGGGGGUGCAGGCUGUGGGGUCCCCGAUGUUGUCCAUCACCGGGGAGUCACCGUUUUUUUGUCCGGUACUUGACAGAGCGGGAGUGGUGGUUUCUCCGAGGCCAGCGCUGUCGGCAGCUGUGUCGGUGACCAUAGAGAGCGUGACAGAGGUCUGGAGUAUGGGGUUUUGCGGAAUUACUGGACGAGAUGACGAGCUUAGGCGGUGGCUGGAGGCUGGAGACUGUCCAGCUUUUAUUUCUAUCGUCGCAGAUCGGAUCACGUGGACCAACUCGGCCUUCAGAAGAAUGCUAAUCGGUGAAGGAGCUAGUGCUGAGUCUUCGUCGUCUUCUUCAUCAUCUUAUAGUUCGACGUCGAAGUCAGACGCUGUGUCACUGCUGGAACCUUCGGUGGAAGAGGAAGUUAGAGUUGUGCUGGUUACACGGGGUCUGAUACCGGGCGACAUGUGCCAGGCGUUUACAUGCAUGACAAGCCUGCGGCACUCGUGUGGGAGACGGGGAAAAGCCUCCCUCGCUGUGCCUUGUGACAUAUGGCGGUUGGAAGAUGGCUGUCUGGCCUGGCGGCUUGACAUGAAGACAGCUCUUAGACUUAGCACGGGGAUCUAAGUUAAAAGUUAUUUAAUGUUUCCUCGAAAAUUAUGUUACCGUUUCCGGCUGCCGCACAGGGCUGUCAUUUAGAAUCUUUCAUGGAGUGUUUUUCUGUAAAUAUAAAAUAAGCGAAAAUAGUGAAGGGAACCAUCGUCCGGUGUAGUACGGGUGUUUGAGCAAACGGUCGUGUGGUAAACUGGACCCGAUGCCGUUGAUGUUGCGUUAUUCAUGCGGUAGAUGGUAUGGGUUUUGAUUUUCGUGGGUGACAGCUGUAUAAUUAGAGCGGGAUGUACGUUGUGGGUGGUCCCCUACAUUUUAAUGUAUAUAUCGAUGUAAAAAAAAAAACUGGCAUCUUCGCUUGCAGUUCGUUUGUUGA